CAAUAACUCUCAUUUUGUUUAUUUUGAUUCUGACUGCAGAAAUGAGCUUACUUUAAUCUCUCGACUAACAUUCAAAUCAGUAUCUUAAUGUAAAUAAUUGUUUUGUUAAAUAAUAAAUUAUUCUUUGUAUAUAUAUAUAAUUAACAUUUACUAGUGAAAUUUAAGAAUCUAUUUAUUUUGUGUUCAAUUAAUGUCAAUUUAUAAUAAGUUUUGAGAUGCGCUCAAUUCCAUGUAUACGAAGUACCUUUUUGAGGAUUUCUUAUUUUUGUACGCCGAAAUAUAACUGUACCCUUUCAUCUUUUCGAUGCAAUGGAACUUUAACAUCCUUUAAUACCAUUAAAGUGAAAAUCUGUACUGAUGAAACUUCAAAAGCUUGCUACAUUAAAAAUAAUCAUAUAAUUAACUCCUUACGAGCUUACUCGAAAAAGAAGAAAUCUAAAAAAGCGGCUCUAGAGGAAGAAGAAAGUGAUAACGAUGAAGAUGAGUCAUUUGAGACUAUGGAAGAUGAUGUUAUUGAGGACAACUAUAACAUCACAAGUAGAACGAUUCCAUCCAUGCGCAUUGAUACAGUGAUUAAAGCUGCAUUGGGUGUGACAAAAAAGAAAGUUGAAAAGGAGUUUUAUGCUAACAACUUGAGAUUGAAUGGAGCGUUAGUUUCGAAAAAAUCUAUAAAUAUAGGUGAAGGAGAUGAAGUGGAUACUGUAAAAGGUCUCAGUCCAGACAAUGAUCGUUUCUUAUUGGUUGAUAGAGUGACUGUCAAGUCUGUUGGGAAAGUAACUGGUACUGGCAACUAUCCUGUUAAAUUUCAAGUCUUCAAAGGUUUGACCAUAGAGAAUUACAAUGAUCCUUGGAUAAAAUCAUCACCUAAUGAUCCUGAUUGAAAAUAAAUAUUAAUUAAUAAUUAUUUUUUUAAGGGUGUUUGUUAAAAAUCCAGUAUAUUUGUUAUGUAUGAAGAAAGAAGUAAUAAAAUAUUUAGUGUUUUUAA